AUGGUCGGCCUGCUGGUGAUGGAGGUCCAAAGAGAAGAGGCACCCAUGUCAGUGAAGGAGGUUCCCCAGAGUCUGGUGGAUGACAACAUGGUGGACUGUGACAGAGUGGGCACCUCAGACUACUAUUGGGCUUUCCCCAGCAAGGCCCUGCACGCCCGCAAGCGCAGGUUGGAGGAGCUGGACAAGCAGCAUACCGAGGAGAAACAAAGGAAGAUGUCUCUGCAGCAGGCUGUCGACAAAUCAAAAGUAGGACGUGAAGAAACCGAGGAGCGGGCCACUCUUCUAAAGGAACUGCAGGCUCUGAGGGAGAAGAGGAGUCAUCUGAAGGCAAAGCUGGAGAAGUACAGGGAGUGUGACCCGGAAGUGAUCGAGGAGAUGAGAAAGUCCAAUGUCACAGCUAAAGAGGCGGUGUCCAGACGGACAGAUAACGUCUUUGCCAUCAAGUCGUGGGCGAAGAGGAAGUUUGGUUUCGAUGACGGACACAUCGAUAAAGCCUUCGGGAUACCUAUUAAUUGUUUUUGUUAAUUGAGUGACAGCCAUUGCACACAUUGCAACGCAAGUCAGACAUGUUACUUAAAUCCACUCAGGCAAGCCCCUCAAAAAAACAGCCUUGUGCUUUUCGUAGUUGACUUGGAGCAGCUGCCAUUUUGACGCUCGCUCAUGGCCCUCGCAGGUGCAAAUGCUGCUUCUGUGACACUUGAGAAGGCGCUGUGCUAACCUUUUGGCUGUUCCGUCCGUGGUUGGGGGAGGGCCUACAUUUGGGACACCUUUUUGCAUGAAAAUCAAGAGCCCAGAGUCGUUGACGGAAAUUUGUUUUGUCCAGCACCCCCCCCACCACACACAGAAAAAGAGGGAGAGGGUCAUUGUGGACAUAACGUGCUUGGUGAUUGACAAUGCAGUGGAGAGCAAGGAGCACCGAAUCACAAAUAGGAGUGCCACUGAAAUAUCGUUGAGGAUGCUUUACAGUGGGGAUAUGUUUAGAAUUCACCAUUUAGAAGAGCCAUAAAUUAUAACUCCCUGUAAAUAUGCUUUAUAGUUCUGUGGCUCUGUAGACUCGAGACAGGAUUUCAGGUUUUGUUGUUGAAAACAUGAUGGAUGAUUUGUUUGAAUGGAGAGGUGAAUGACAGGUAACAUUUCAAAGUCUUUGUGUUGUAUUUUCAUAACUGUUGUCUUUCCACAGGCCUACAUGUGCCUUAAUUGAUUUCAUAUGCCUUGAAUUUCCAAGCAACAGGGUGAAUGCAUCACCUUUCAUUUUCUGUCAACUGGAAUGUGGCGAAAACCUCUCAAACAUAAAGGGCAGCACUUUUCUAUUGUACUCUGGGAUUUAUUCCAACGUGGUAAGAGCAGAAGGGGUAUUGUAGUUGUGAUCGGUUCAGAAUUAUUUUUGUGCUAUUGCUGACUUGUAGUUUUGACUGUUUUUGUCAAACUGCACAAACAAUGGGUAGAAUUGCUGUGCUCAUGGCGUUGACUCCAGAUGCCAUUAUACUAUUAGGGGUGAAAUGUUAACCCAUUUGUUCAAAAUUAAAGUAUCCUACCCACCUCUUCACGUUGUUCAAACUGUA